AUGCAACAGGAUGCGCUACCCAAUGUGGACUGGGAUUGCUUGCCUGUCCAAUUGCUGGAUGAUGUGAGAGAGGCUAUGGAGAGGACAGCAGGGAAUGAUAUGCCCCUAUUGCAGCCAGCUCACCUCGUAAACCGACACUGGAGUCAGUGGGCCAGAGUUUCUGUAACUUCCCUGUGCCUUUUGGCAGAUUCCCAUCUGGAUGUUCGAAAGUUGUUUCCACAGGUCCGAUCGAUAAAGUUCAGGCGCCUCAGGCAAUGCGAUUAUCAUGCAUUGGCUGCUUUGAAACACCUACAGCACCUGAAGGAGGUCGCCGUUGGUGACAGUCAGAUCACGGAUGUAGGUUUGAGAGAAGUGGGGCUGUGCACACGCCUAAUGGCUUUGGAUGUUGGUGGAAGCAACAUUAUUACAAACAACGGUUUGGCACAUGUGGGUCAACUCACAGCCCUCACCAGGCUGUCGCUUUCACACAGCAUGGCCAUCACAGAUGCGGGCUUGGCUCAUGUGGCAAACUUGACAGCGCUUCAGAUCCUGCUCUUGACUGGGUGUGCAAAGUUAACAGACAAAGGGUUGGAAUAUGUGGAGGCAUUGACAGCACUUGUGCAUUUUGGUGCGUGCCCAUGCAUCACAGACCAGGGGUUCAGGCACCUGAGCAGAUUGCCAAAACUAGCAGUGCUGGAUCUGGUUGGAUUCAGAGGCAAGCGCUUGGGAUCUUUGGGUGAUGCAUGGGCCAUUACAAGUCUCAACCUGGGUGGGUGCAAGAACCUCAGGGCUGGGGGAAUGGAGGUGUUGGGCAGGCUAUCAUCCUUGGUGGAUCUGAACGUGACUGACUGUGUUGGAAUCACAGAAGAUGAUUUCCAGCAUGUCGGCCAGUUGACAUCAUUGACAGUUCUCAGGCUGAGGGGUUGUGAUCCUGGCAUUAAUGAUGCAAGCCUGACUUUUGCAGGAAAACUCACUGAACUGACGAUUCUGGAUUUAAGAAACUGCAGACUAAUCACUGACGCUGGUUUGAAACAUCUGAGGGGUCUGUCCUCCCUGCUGAAACUGGAUUUGGAUGGAUGUGAUCGAAUCACCGAUGGGGGAAUGGAAUAUGUGGGGGAGUUAACUGCGCUGACUGAACUCAGCCUUGGAUGGUGUUGGUGUAUUGGCGAUGCUGGAUUGUUGCAUGUGGGGCAGCUGGCAGCACUUGUGGAUCUCAACAUCAGCUACUGUUAUCUGGUGACUGACCAGGGGCUGGAGCAUGUGGGAAAGCUGUCGAAGCUCACAAACCUCAAGGCCAUGGAUUGUUGCCAGAUCACAGAUGCUGGCAUGGCACACAUUGGUAACCUGGGGGAUCUCAGGGUACUGGUGUUGAAUGGUUGCAGACAAGUGUCAGACGCUGGUCUGGAGUGCAUCUGGGAACUGGUGCACCUUGCAACCCUGCAGGUGGCACACUGCCCAAAAGUCUUCCAGAGAUGUGAGGAAUUGCAACAGAAGUGGACAUCACUGCGUUACCUGGGGCUGGAUUACUGUCCCCAAGUCAGUGAUGCUUGUCUGUCACAAAUAGGCAGCCUGACGUCCCUGACACAGCUGACCUUAAGCCACUGCGAGCAAAUCACAGACAAUGGUCUCAAACACGUAGGAAAGGUGGCAGCACUCAAAAUGUUGGACUUGGGAUGGCUUGACACUAUCACAGAUGACGGUUUAAGGCACUUAGCAGGCCAUGCAUCGCUGGCUCAGUUGAAUUUGUCAUGGUGUGGCCAAAUCACAGACGCGGGGCUAAAGUGCUUGGACGCACUGCCUGCCCUCACCGCCCUAUAUGUGACGUCAUGUGCAGCGGUCACAGCAAGGGGCCGUCAACACAUUCACAGUAGAGGAAUCAAGCUUUAUGAUUUCAGAUUUGAUUAG